AUGUCUGCAGUCAAGCAGCAGGUUCCUUCCUCAAGUUCAAUCCGAAACUUGAACCCUUUCCUCGAUGGCAAGGGGAUUCUACGGGUCUGUGGGCGUCUGAGGGCAACCCACUCGCUGCGUUAUGAUGAGAGUCAUCCAAUCAUCCACUCGUAUUCCUCGUCCUUUGCACGACUACUGGUUCGUUUCACCCAUCGUAUAUCCUUACAUGGGGGUAACCAAGUCGUCAUGCGGCUGAUCCGUUCCAGAUUCUGGAUUUCAAAAUUGAAGGUCCUCGUCAAAUCCACCAUGAACUCUUGCAAGGUUUGCGUCAUCUACAAGAAGAGAUUGCAGACCCAAAUGAUGGGGGACUUGCCCAAGGAAAGGGCGUCCUACUCGAGACCUUCCACGCACACUGGAGUCGACUUCGCCGGCCCAUUUGAAAUAAAGUAUUACACUGGCCGAGCUUGCCUCAUCACCAUAGGGUAUGUCUGCGUCUUCGUGUGCUUCAGCACGAAGGCGAUCCACUUGGAGGCAACAUCGGAUCUCACGACGGAGAAAUUCCUGGCCGCAUUCUCCCGUUUCAUCGCACGGCGCGGGUGUCCAUACCAGAUGUAUUCGGACAACGGAAAAACCUUCGUUGGAGCUGACAAGGUGAUCUCCAACGACUUCUUGGAAGCGACGAGGGAGUGCAUCAUCGCACAACAUGCCCACAAGAGCCUAUCCUGGCACUUCAACCCGCCGGGCGCCCCGCUUAUGGGUGGAUUAUGGGAAGCCGGCGUAAAGAGUUUUAAGGCACUUUUUUACAAGGCGACAUCCACCUCGAAAUAUACGUUCGAAGAGUUGUCCACUCUUCUCGCUAGGAUCGAAGCCUGCCUGAACUCGAGGCCGAUUUCCCCUAUGUCCGAGGAUCCGUCGGAUUUACUAGCGCUCACUCCUGGCCAUUUCCUCAUAGGUGGCCCUCUUAUUUCGGUGUUGGAACCCCCAAUUAACCAACCGGCCACCUCCAUCCUCAAUCGAUGGCAGCGACUGAAGGCUCUUCACCAACAAUUUUGUUUCCGUUGGAAAGAUGAGUACCUGAAGGAGCUGCACAAACGGACGAAAUGGCAAUCCCCUACACGGGACCUUCGGAUCGGUGACAUAGUCGUCAUAAAGGAAGACAACCUCCCCUCGAACGAGUGGCGCCUGGGACGGGUGCUGACGACGUGUCCAGGCACCGACGCCAAGGUCCGAGUGGUAGAUGUGCUCACGGCGCGGGGUACCAUCCGAAGACCCGUUGCCAAACUUAUUCUACUCCCGAUGGACAGCAAGACUGACCCCUCCACGUCAGAAGGACUGAAGGACGAAUAA